CCUGCUUUAAUCCAUUCUCGUUUUGACCGUCAACAAAUACCCGAAAACAAAUCUUCCAACAACGAUAAUAAUUAUACUAAUAUUGGAUAUAAAAACUAUUGGAAGAAUAGUUCAUCUGUCUCUUUACAAAAUACGAUGACAUCCCUUCCGGCAUCUUCUUCACUAGCCUCUCAAAACGUUCGAUAUGAUCGAAAGUAUUGGACGGAUAAAUUGGUCACGUUCAUUCUUAUGAUGCCUUAUUAA